GUAGCCAAUAGCUCGUCACAGCCCACGCUCCGGCAAUUGGCCUGCCGGUUUCAUGGGAGAGAGGCCUAGGGGCUCCCUCCUACAUGCGCACUACAGCUCCCAGAAUGCACAGAGAGCCCCUUACCGUGGACGGCCUAGCUCUUCGCGUUCGUGGUGCAUCCUGGGAUAUGUAGUCUCAUUGCUCCUUUUAGUCCAUUUCAGGAGAGCUGCGGAGCCUGAGAGGUUUGCAGAGUAUUUGCUGGCCCGUCCAAGAGAGAGAGAGAGAUAGAUAGAGGUGCACUUCACUUUGUUCAUUUGAGUUUCGGGCCGUGAACAAAAGAGAUGAAGAAGAUCAGCUGGAUUCGGAAAAACUGGCUCCUUGUGGCUGGACUGUCAUUUGUCGGUGUCCAUCUUGGGACCUAUUUCAUUCAACGAGCCGCAAAGUCCUCUGCUAAAUCAAACUUGGAAAUCAAAUCAAAGGGUCUUGACGAAUGACGCAAUCUCUGCAUCUUCACAUUGGUAGCUAGCAUAGCAAGUGUGCAUUUGUUUUGUCAUUGACUCCAUAGUUGAUUAAAUGUGCUUUGUGGAAACGGAAACAUAUCCUUUUUCUUCUUCUUUUCCUUUUAACAUUUCCAUAAGUACCGGGAAGAAGAGACAACUAUACGGGGUGUAGUAAGUCCUGACUGGAAUCUUACCUGGGGGGAGAAAAAUGUCUCGCCUCGAUGCUAAAAAGUCCUCAUUGUGUACCAGCGAACCUUUGACUAAGGAAGCCAUUAGCUGUGUUCUGUCUGUGUUCAGUGAAAUAGUCAAGUCUUGCUAUGGCCCCACAGGUAGGUUUAAACAGCUCCACAAUGGUAUGGGAGGGUAUGUCCGCACCACAUCACAGUCAUUCACUUUGCUUGCUGGCCUCUGCGUCACCCACCCGGUGCUAAAACUUCUGACAGCCUCCGUGCAGAGUCACCUCUCGCUUUUCGGUGACUGUGGCUUAUUCACGGCCAUUCUCUGCUGCAGCCUGCUUGAAAAAAUCCGAGCCUUGAACGUUGCUCCAUGCACUUCCAUUAAAAUCUGCCAGCACCUUUUGAGCUUGUGCACCGACUAUCUCUCAUCCGAAGCAUGCGGCUGUAGAGUGCCAGUGGAUUUCGGCAGCUCCAAGAUCCCUCUCGGGUUGGUGCGCAGUGUGCUGACCAGCAAACGGGCCUGCAUGCUUAGCAGGAACGAGGUAGAUCAUAUCAGCACUCUGGUGCUGAAGGCCUUUGUGUUGACCAUCAGCCCACAAAACACGGAGACCAGCGUUGCCUUCGGGAAAUGUCUUUAUAUACCUGUGAAAGAUAGGAGAGCUAUGGAUUCUGCGGUCUACCCUGGACUUCUGAUUGAAACACCCGACUUGGAUCUGACCACAGAGCUUCCCGUCAGAACGGCUCCUUCGUGCGCAAUCAAGAUGGCGCUUUUCUCUCUGUCCCUAUCAGGAGACUUGUCCGACACGGGAGAAGGAACCAUCUUUGUCCAUCAAAGAGUGUUUCUGCAAGCGGAAGUCUUAGGCCAGUUGCUUAAUUUAGGCAGGCAAAUGGUAGACGAUGGUGUGAGCCUUGUGGUGUGCCAAAAAGUUAUCCACCCAGCCCUGAAGCAGUACUUGAAGGAGAAACAGGUUGUGGCUGUAGAAAGAGUUGGGGCGGCAAUGAUGGAGCCGCUGAAGCAAAUAACAGGUUCUCAGCCGAUGCCUUCUUUGCAAUUUCUGUCCCCUGCUUGCUAUGGCCGCCUGAAGGACUUGCGGGCCGAGUCGUUUGCUUCAAAGCGGUUCUUGCAUCUAAUCCCUGACGACCCGGUUGUCUGCAGCUUGGUGCUCUGUAGCAGGAACGAAACUGCAUGGGAGGAGCUGAGGCUGGCUUGUCAAACGGCGGAGCAUGUUUUGCAAUUAACUGUCUCCGACCCCUGGGUACUGUUAGGUGGUGGCUGUACAGAAACUCAUUUGUCGUCCUACAUAAGGCACAAGAGUUGCGCCGUGACACGCAGCACCUUGGAAAAUUUGUCCUGCUCUCGGGCAGAGUUCCAGUUGGUGGCCGAUUCCUUUUGCGGCUCGCUAGAAUCUGUGUCUCGCUGCCUAGAGCACGACGGCGGCGACGUUCUCACCGAUACGAAAUGGGGACAUUUUUGGAGCGUUCCACCUGAUCUUCCUAGCGGGUCCAAUUGGUCUGACGUAGUUCAGAGGUGCGGCUGUGGCCUUUGUGGCCCUCAGCAAGGUCUUGAUUGGAAGAUUCUGCAAUGCCGUUCUCGUCCUUUCCCCCCGCAAAGUUGCGUCGGUGACUCUUCCGUAACCUCCACCAACAAUCCCGUUCUGGACUGCUUUGCGGCGAAAAGGAACGGCCUACAAGUCGCCGUCGAGACGGCCAGUCUGCUUUUAGAUCUGUCUUAUAUUGUGGAAGAUCGUAAUUAGGUUUCGUUUGCAAGUGUUUCUGUGUUCCACAUGUGUGCUGGCAAUUAGGGGCCCCCCAUCCCAUCACGUCUCCUUGCACCCACUGAAAAACCUCUUGAGGGACCUGUCCGGAUUCGACUUUGCACAAGGAGCUGCAGUUGGAAAAGUACGUCAGCUCCUCCCGCACACCUGAAGGCUCUUUGCACAUGCACAAGAUCUCAUUGGGAUCCCUGCCUCCAUGCUUGGGGUGGCUGCUUUCAAAAAUGGGAACAGACGGCUGCAAAAAUUGGAACAUGUAUUUUUUCCUUUUGGAAAAAUAAAUAAAUCCUUAUUUAAUAAAUACAUUGUAAUAAAACCUUUUUCUAGGAAGUAUUACAGACUGAUGGGCCAGAAUGCAGCGAUGCAACGGUGGCAGUUAAUGAAGGUUGGUUACCUUACUUGGCUGAUAAAAUAACAGCUUAGAAACAUCCAAUGGGUUAGUCAUGUGUGUCGCACGCAGUGUCAGCUGUAGAAUUCCUGUAUUGCAAGGCAGCUCGAAACAUCGGAUGAAUUUGUAAAGCCAAUAUUAGUUAGGGGAUGCUUCAAUUCUGCUAUAAUUGUCGAAAGAGCUCCAUUUCCUCGCCUGCCCCUACUUUGUACACCCCUCCCAAUCUGCUCUGGAGGGUCCCACACGCAGGCUGCAGGGAACAAGAGAGAGAAAGGAAUUUCCGUCAAGGGCAUGGAGGUCUGUUGAGCAAGUGGAGCUGGAGUUUUGUACACAGCCCCAAAUCUCUUUUCAGGCCUAAUUCAUGAUGCAAACAUCUAGCUUCUUGAUGUUGUUUAUGUUUGAUGGUUAUAUUUUGUCAAUAAAAUGACAUCUCUUCUUCUG